AGGGCGACGCCGGGCCAGGAUUGCACGCCCUAGUGACACGUUCGGCGGGGCACGGCACGCACGCAGGGCCUGGAUUGUACGCGUCGCGGCUCACUGUAGGUGCAAGUGUCGUCACAUCGCGACAGCGGCAGUGCGGGGCAGUGCGGCAUCCCCCGGGGCCGAGGCCGAGGACUGCCGAGUGGGUCGCCGACGAGCUCGGUCAUGGCUCAAGGUGCAGGCGAUCGCGCGCGCCUGGUGGCGGUGGUGCUGCUAGCCGUGCUGGUGGCGGGCACCUCGACGGUGGAGAGUCCGCCGGGGAAGACCCCGGAGGCUGCAGCCGGGCUGCCGCAGCCGCCACCCCUCAGUGACAAGGUGGACCGCGCACGGCCGCCGCCACCGCAGCAAGGCAGCGUGGUGCCGCCGCCGGCGCAGCCGCCCCCAGGGCAGCUACCUCCGGCCCAGCCGCCCCCAGGGCAGCUACCUCCGGCCCAGCCGCCCCCAGGGCAGCUACCUCCGGCCCAGCCGCCACCGGCACAGCCACCACCAGCGGCAGCCAACGUGACCGCCUCCACACCCGUCAAAGGGCCGCCGGCGCCGCCGCAGCCACCGCAGGGCAAGGUCGCCGGCGACAAGGACACCGGGACGGCCGAGUCUCCGAAGGACGCCGGCGAGAAAGAGAGACGCCCGACAGUCGCGGAGAGACGCAUCAAGACCGGCAAUGGCAAGUCCAAGACCGCCGAGGCCGAGGCCGCCGCCGACGAGGAGGCAGAGCCUCUGGAAGAGGCGGAGGUGAUCACCCGGUCGCCCAAGCUGGACGUGGAGUGGGUGGUGGUGCCGAAGACCAAGACCGCCACCACGUUCGCGGUGGACGAGGACGCGGAGGUAUUCAACUACACGCUGCCGUCGACGGCCUCGUCCACCGCUGCAACCACCACGACGACGACGACGAACACCACCACCACCACCACCACCACCACCACCACGACCACCACCGCUAGACCAACGACUACCACCACCACCACGACUACCCCAGCGCCUACAACAACGACGACCAGGACGACCACGACGGAGCCGCCGCCCACGAACAGCACCGACCCGCCCUUCCGGCCCAUCGUGCCCAAGUGCUGCCCGCCGGGCCAGCGCGUCCUCAGCGAGAAGAAGAAGUGCGUGGAGAGCCCCCUCGAGUUCAUCCCGCCCUUUGUCGAGUACGAGGAGGAGCUGUCCGAGGCCACCAUCGACGGUUCGCUGCAGUACAUGGACGAGGACUCCCCGGACGAGUACCCGGAGGAGACCAUCGUCACGGAGGCCGAGGGCUACGACAUGAUCGUCGGCAACCCCUGCAGGUACGGGCGCUUCCGGCUGGAGCCGCAGGUGGACAGCAGGGACGAGUUCUACCUGCUGGCCAACGGCUCCCUCGUGGCGCCCUUCCUGUUCGACCGCGCCCUGGCCACGGAGGAGUUCUGCAUGGACGUGUUCCCGGACACGGACAACGGCGACGUGGUGGUGCUGCCGCUCGUCUGCUUCCCGCCGCCCGAGGGCCCCAAGCGCACCGGCCUGCAGUUCGUCAUCUACCCGAUCGGCCUGCUGCUGUCCGUGCCCUUCCUGGUCACCACGUUCGUACUGUACGCCAUGACGCCGGCCCUCCGCGACGUCCACGGCAAGGCGCUCAUGUGCCAGGUGGUGUGCCUCACCGUGGCCGACCUCACCCUGGCCUCGGUGCAGCUGUGGGGCGCCUACCUCAACCGCAACUUCUGCUUCGCCAUCGCUUGCGUCGUGCAGUUUUCCUUCGUGGCCUGCUUCCUGUGGCUCAACGUCAUGUGCAUCAACACGUGGUACAACAUGGCCUGGAGGCCCGCCGCCAAGUGGUGCCGGCGCACCGAGCGGCGCCGCUUCGUGCUGUACUCGAUGUACGCGUGGUCGCUGCCCUGCCUGCUGCUGGGCGUCACCCUGGUCAUGGACCUGACACCCACCAUCCCGCCGUCCUACGUCAAGCCGCGCUUCGGCGUCGACUUCUGCUGGUUCCAGACGGACCGCGCCGCGCUGCCGUACUUCUACGCGCCCGUCACGUUCCUGGUGGUGAUGAACGCGGUGCUGUUCGUGAUGACGGCGGUCACCGUGCACCACCAGCGCCGCAAGAGGGCCCUCAACGCCAGCGCCACGCCGCUCACCGGUGACACCUGCUUCCAGCGCCACUCCAACACGGCGUUCCGGAGCUGCAUUUGCCUGUUCUUCGCGAUGGGCCUCAACUGGGUGAUGGAGGUGGUGUCGUUCUACGUGGGCGGCCCGUCCUACAUUUGGUACGUGACGGACACGCUCAACUGCCUGCAGGGCGUGUGGACCUUCCUCAUCUUCGUGCUCAACAAGCCCGCGCGCCAGGAGAUCCGCGCGCAGAUGCGGCUGUCGCGGCGCGGCGACGCCGUGGAGCACCGCAUCCGGGAGGAGCCCCAGAUCGACGACUUCACGACAGUGGUGCAGCGCCAGAGCCGCCUCUUGACCAACAUCAGCCCGCACUGGCAGCAGGAGAUUCGCGGCAUCAACGGCAAGGACCUCCACGACCUCCAGGACCUCCAGGAGCUCCAGGAUCCCGAGGUGCAGCCGCUGCGGCCCGCGCCGCCGCCGCCCGCACCGGGCACCGCGACGACGGCCUCGACGGCGACCUCCUCGGAGUACGACUCGGCGGGCUACGCGCUCUGAGGCGCCAGGACUGCACUCUAAAUGUUGUACAGUGAAGAUUCUCCAUAUUAUGGUGAAAAUGUUCCAUAUUAUGGUGGUGUAGCUGACUUCACAACAUACCAUUGAGAAUUCACUGUAUCUUAUAAAUAUUUUGACUAAUUUCGUUGGUAUAUUAUGGAGAAAAUCUCCACCAUAAUAUUGUUGGUGCAGCCUUUCACCGUGAGACAUUUACAGUGUGGAGCCAACCCGCUGUGACACAGAGACUAGAAGCAACGUUAAGAAGAGUUCUACAGUUUGGUGGGACUUGGCAGUUGGUUAUACUUCCGGGAUCAAGAUCCUUUCCUAGCGAAACCAGGGGUUUGAUCGUUUGGAGAUGACGUUUUCAUUGAACGGACAACUUUCUCAGUAUUUCCACAGUGCGUUCUCACUCAUCGUGAAGAUUUUCAUGUGCACUGUAUUUCUCGUGGUGUUAUGUUUAUCGUUAAAAAAAGUCAUUCUCUCUAUUUUAUUUAUUUUGACAAAUGUGUGUGAGUUUGUGCUUGUGCGUGUGCUUGUGCGUGUGACGUCCAGUCGUUUGUAAAGUAUCUUUUAAGUUAUUCAUAAUUAAUAGUAUGUACCUCAGUCAACUAGUGACACUCAAAUAAAUAAUUUUAGAAGUCAGA